AUGAGCUUCACAGAGGAGUUUGAUGGUGCCAUCGGCAUCGAUCUCGGCACGACGUACUCGUGCGCCGCCGUCUUCGUGCGCGGGCAGGCGGAGGUGAUCCCGAACGACAUGGGCAACCGCACCACACCAUCGUGCGUGGCCUUCUACAACGAUGACGUGCUCGUCGGCGACGCUGCCAAAACGCUGCUCGGUCGCGGCGUCUCUGGUGUCGUGUUCGAUGCGAAGCGCAUGAUUGGUCACCACUUCAGCGACAAGAGCAUCCAAGAGGACCGCACCCGCUGGCCGUUCCCUAUCUCAGAGGGUGUAAAGAACAGCAUUCAGAUCAACGUGACGCACAAGGGCGAGGAGCUGCAGCUGGCACCGGAGCAGAUCUCUGCCAAGGUGCUAGUCUACUUGAAGGAGUGUGCCGAGCGGUACCUGGGCAAGCAGGUGAAGAAGGCCGUGGUGACGGUGCCGGCGUACUUCAACGACUCGCAGCGCGAGCGCACCAAGGCGGCGGCAACGAUUGCUGGCCUGGAGGUGCUGCGCAUCAUCAACGAGCCGACGGCGGCGGCGCUGUGCUACGGCCUCGGCGUCGGCAGUGGCACAGGGCAACAGCAAGGCGAGGACCGGCCGCACAAUGUCGUCGUCUUCGACUUCGGCGGCGGCACUUUUGAUGUGUCCGUCAUCGUCAUCGACAGCGGGAGCUUCGCGGUACAGGCGACCGCCGGUGACACCCACCUAGGCGGGCAGGACAUUGACUCGAACCUUCUCAAGUACGUGCUAGACGAUUUGCAGUCGCGAUACAGCCUCAGCAUCGCCGAGCAGCCGCGUCUGCUCGCGAAGGCCCGUACAGCGUGCGAGCGGGUGAAGCGGGUUCUGUCGCAGUCAACAGCCGAAGAACUGGCCCUGGAUGGUGUGUUGCUGAGCGGCGAGGAGUAUACGCUGUCUGUCUCCCGCGCAAAGCUGGAGGAGCUGAACGCGUCUGUGUUUGCGCAGUGCAUGAAGGUGGUGAAGCGCGCCUUGCAGGAUGCAGGCAUGAAGGUGGAAGACGUCCAUGAGGUCGUGCUCGUCGGCGGCAGCUCGCGCAUCCCGAAGCUGAACGACAUGCUUCGCGCCUUUUUCAACAAAGAGCGACUGUGCAACUCAGUGCACCCGGACGAGGCGGUGGCCAUCGGUGCCGCGGUGCAGGCCAGCAUCCUCACCAACUCGCUUGAGCAGCAGUCCGAGAAGACGGCCAACGUCGUGCUCAUGGAUGUGGUACCGCUGAGCAUCGGCGUAGAGAUCGACGAUGGCAAGUUCGACGUCAUUGUCCCCCGCAACACGACCAUUCCGUACAAGGCGACGAAGGAGUACAGCACAGUCGAAGACUACCAGCAAGACGUUGACGUGUGCGUGUACGAGGGAGAGCGGCCGCUGACAAAACAUAACCACAAGCUGGGCGAGUUCACACUCGAGGGCAUCACCCGUGCCAAGAAGGGCAAGCCCACCAUCACGGUGACCUUCUCCAUCGACGCGAACGGCCUUCUCACCAUCACCGGCACGGAGGAGUUGGCCAACAAGAGACACACGCUCGUCGUGCAGAACGUCGACCGGCUCUCCGAGGCGCAGGUGAAGGAGAUGAUCGAAAUGUCGAAGAAGUUCGCCAAGAGCGAUGCUGUGGACGACGCCAGAGAAACGGCGCGACGGACGGUGAAAGGCGCACUCGAGACUCUCUCCGCUGCCAUCGCCGCGAUGCCGCCGCCGCCGCCGUCACAGCUGCAGAAGCGGCUUGAUGCCUUUACUUCGCAUACGCAUGACUGGCUCGAGCGACAGCUGCCCUCCUACUCGACCGUCGCCGAGAUGGAGGAGAAAGCGAAGCAGAUCGAAAAACUCGCCAGGAAAGCGGUGAAGAAGGUGAAGAAGGCGCGCGGCGGUGAGCCGGCCUCGAAGCGCCACCGCGACGAGGGAAACGGGGGCAACGAGUCCUCCAGCGGCAGCGACGCGGAAAACGAUGCGGACAAGUGA